CAACAACUAUCUCUCGCAUCAGUUUACUACUACUAUUUCGCAUCUUAUCGUCACUGUUAUGCCAACAAUAAAUGGAUAACAACAAGCCUUACUUCGUCUCCCUCGAGGAUUUUCAUCGCAUGCAAACUCAACAACCAAAAUACCCUACUGACACUGAUCCCUCACCACCUCCUCUCCAUCCAAAAAACUCUCCGUGGUAUAAUCCACGUGGCUUGUCCCAAAAAACCAAGUGCAUCACCGGCAUCAUGACGGUAGUUGUCUUCGUGGGAGUGAUCGUGGGUGCCAUCGUGGGUGGAGUUGUGGGCUCGAGGAAUCACCAGUAUCCGGACUACAGUCCGCUGCAGUACCAGCUGGUAGAUAACUACAUGGGGGCUGAUUUCUUCGAUAAGUUUAAUUACUUCAGCGAAGUGGAUCCUACGGGGGGCACUGUUGACUACGUCGAUCAAGCAGCGGCCCAGGAUCUGAACUUAACCUACACCACCGGUGACUCGGCCGUUCUGAAGGUUGACACCGACAAUGAGCCCACUGGACGUGGCCGUCGGUCUGUCCGUAUCGAGUCAAAGGCGCAGUAUGAUCAUGGGUUGUUCAUUUUCGACAUCGCCCACACGCCAGUCGGCUGUGGUACUUGGCCUGCGGUUUGGAUGCUCGGGCCUGAGCAUCCCUGGCAUGGUGAGAUUGACAUCAUGGAGACAGACAAUCUGGCUCAAGAUGGGAACGUCGUGACUCUGCACACUUGGGAAGGCUGCAGCAUGGAGGGCGUCAAACGGAAACAGACCGGGAAGAAAACAAACCUGAAUUGCGGCGAUGGCGACAAGGAUGGAUGCGAUGUCCAAGGCAGACCGGAAUUCGAUGGUGAGCAGAUGAAUAAAAAGGGCGGGGGUGUUUAUGCCUUGGAACUGCGUGAGGCUGGCAUUAGGAUCUGGUUCUUCCGCCGCAGCAAGCUCCCGCAUGACAUCGCGAACCCAGGACAUGUCCCGGAUCCAUCGUUGUGGGGUCGACCGUUGGCUGAUUUUCCUAACACGAAGUGUGACAUCGAGUCGCAUUUCAACAACAUGAGCAUCGUUGUCAACAUUGAUCUCUGUGGUCAACAGGGUGCUGAUCUGAAGCUCUAUACGGAGAAGUACCAGUGCCCGGGGAAUUGUACGGAAUUCGUGAGAGACAAUCCGGAGUAUUUCACCGAUGCGUACUGGGAGUUCAAGGGCUUCAAGGUGUAUCAGGCCGAAUGA